CGUCGCGGGGCUGCCGCGCUACUGCCGCGUUGAGCCCUGUCUCUCGAUCACAACUUUGUGUACUGGAAACUUUUGAACACAAUUUUCGCAAAGACACCCCCGUCGGCACGCACAUUGCCACCCUUCUCGUGUCCAUUACGAAGUGUCGGAACGUAUAUACGUGAGUCGCGCGUGUUUCAGAGUCCGUCGGUCUAUUUUUGAAUAUUCACUAAACGUUACGCUGCGAAGUUUUCGAAACGCAGCCAGCCAGCCGGGUUAACGGCCGACUUGUGCAGCGCCUGCAUCAAAUCUCUUGUGUUUUUGUUGACGGAUAACAUUUGUGUGAUUAAACUCAUCUGUGGGACCCGUGACACUUUUAUCUUUAAUGUUCGCUGUUCCCGUGUAGUGUUUUGCUGGCAGGGUGAUGGCUACAGGUGACCUUUUUGUCGUUAUUCUUUGUGAUUAGUGGAAGUGAGUCGUUGGAGAAUCAGCGACAAGUGCGUGUAGUGUUGUCAGUAGUGCCAGUGAUGUGACAGUCUAUGGAAGUGUCAGGGUGUACUCGGAAUGUUCACGAAGAACACCAGGGCCCCUGAGCGGUGCCAUCACCCCUCGCAUAGGAGCUGUAAGAAGAAAAAACAUCCUCCGCACACACCCUGGAAGUACUUGAUGAAUUGCCCACUCGUUAGGAAAUGUUUCGGUCUACAGCUGCGGAGCAUAGAAGAGCCGCCAGGUGGCGCGGGCGGCGGUAUGCCCGCGCCAGCCUGUUACGAUGCAGAGUGUGCCCGGACAGAAGCCUGGCUCGAUGAGAACCAGGAGUUUGUGCACGACUACUUCCUCAGGAAGGCAACGCGACAGGUUGUGGACGCGUGGCUGGUGUCACAUGCAACGCCGCAAAGUGCAGAACUUGCGUCCCCUUCGAGAGCCGGAUCUGGGUCCGGAGCCACUACACCUGUCAGGAAGAUCUCAGCGCACGAGUUUGAGCGCGGCGGCCUCCUGAAGCCGUUGGUGACGACAGUGGAUGGCACACCAACCUUCCUCGGCGACCAGCCACCGCACGCCGCGCCGUCGCGACCGCAGCGACGGUCGCGGCACGAGCUGCGACAGUUGGACGAAAAGGAACUUAUAUUUGAAUUAGUGAAAGAUAUAUGCAACGAGCUGGAGGUGCGGGUGUUAUGUCACAAGAUCCUUCAGAACGUGUCGAUACUGCUUGACGCGGACAGAGGCUCUCUAUUUCUCGUGCAGGGGGAGCGCGCGUCAUCCCCACACCCGCAGAAUGGAAGAUGUCUGGUGUCGAAGUUGUUCGACGUAUGCUCUAAGUCAACACCGGAGCAGAUGGAACAGCUGGAGGAGAUCAGGAUACCUUGGGGCAGCGGCAUAGUCGGCUACGUGGCUGAGAGCGGCGAGCCCGUCAACAUACCCGACGCCUAUAAGGACGAAAGGUUUAAUCACGACAUCGACCAGCAAACGGGGUACAAGACGAGGUCACUAUUAUGUAUGCCCAUCAAGGAUAUCAAUGGCGAAGUCAUUGGAGUCGCUCAGGUUAUAAACAAACAAAGCGACGGACCUUUCACGACUUACGACGAGAAAGUCUUCGCAUCCUACCUCCAGUUCUGCGGGAUCGGUCUGCGGAACGCGCAGUUAUAUGAGCGGUCACAGUUGGAGGUGAAGAGGAACCAAGUGCUGCUGGACUUGGCUAGGAUGGUCUUCGAGGAGCAGAGCACGAUAGAGCACAUGGUGUUGAGGAUAUUAACGCACACGCAAAGCUUAAUACAGUGUCAACGGGUACAAAUCCUUUUGGUGCACGAAGCGUCGAAAGGAAGUUUCUCGCGGGUUUUUGAUCUCGAAGCCGGGGACGAUGAAGAGCCCGGAACGCCGCGGACGUCGCCUUAUGAAAGCCGAUUUCCUAUAAACAUAGGCAUCACGGGCUAUGUCGCGACAACUGGGGAGACAGUAAACAUCGCUGAUGCAUAUAUGGACGCACGCUUCGACCCUUCCGUAGAUGAAGGCGCGGGGUUCAAACACAACACCAUAUUAUGUAUGGCCAUAAAAAAUUCCGAGGGGCGAAUUAUAGGUGUAAUUCAAUUGGUUAACAAAUUCGACGGUCUACUCUUCACCAAGAACGACGAGAACUUCGUGGAGGCGUUCGCGAUAUUCUGCGGGAUGGGUAUACACAACACGCAUAUGUACGAGAAGGCUAUCACCGCAAUGGCGAAACAGAGCGUGACGCUCGACGUAUUAAGUUACCACGCGUCCGCUUCGUUGGACGACGCCCAGCGGUUAAGAAACUUAAGGAUACCUUCGUCUGCCCACUUCAAUUUACACGAGCUCGCGUUUGAUGACGUAGACCUUACGGAUGACGACACACUACGGGCGUGUCUUCGGAUGUUCCUAGACCUAGAUUUUGUGGAGAGAUUUCACAUAGAUUACAGCGUGCUUUGCAGGUGGCUUUUGAGCGUCAAGAAGAAUUACCGCAAUGUAACGUACCACAAUUGGAGACACGCGUUCAAUGUCGCACAGAUGAUGUUCGCAAUAUUAACUGAGACGCAGUGGUGGAAAAUAUUUGGCGAGCUGGAAUGUUUGGCUUUAAUUAUUGGCUGCCUUUGCCACGACCUUGACCAUCGGGGGACCAAUAACUCUUUUCAGAUCAAGGCAUCAUCACCUCUGGCACAGUUGUACUCCACCUCCACGAUGGAACACCACCACUUCGACCAGUGCCUGAUGAUCCUUAACUCGCCUGGCAACCAAGUGCUGGCAAACCUCUCAUCCGAUGAUUAUGAGAAGGUCGUCAAAGUCCUCGAACAUGCUAUUCUUUCUACAGAUUUAGCUGUUUAUUUUAGUAAACGCAAACCAUUCAUCGAGCUAGUAAGCAAAGACCGCGCAGUGACACCGCAUUGGGGCGAGUGCGACGAGAGGCGGGGAUUGCUGCGGGCGAUGCUGAUGACCGCCUGUGACCUGGCUGCGAUCACCAAGCCGUGGCCGGUGGAGAAACGUGUCGCCGCGCUGGUCGCGGGAGAGUUCUUCCGGCAGGGUGACCUUGAACGGCUGAACCUAAAUCUAACUCCUAUCGACAUUAUGAAUAGAGAUAAAGAAGAUCAACUCCCUGCUAUGCAAGUCAAAUUUAUCGACACUAUUUGCCUUCCAAUUUACGAGGCAUUUGCUGUCCUUUCACAAUCCUUGCAACCGAUGCUCGACCGGGUGAAGAGCAAUCGGGCGCACUGGAUCGACCUCGCCAACAAUGACAGCGGCGAAAAAUACGACUACGCCUUAGACAAGGACCAAAUACCUGAGAGGAACGACAAAUCCAGCACCAGUUCCCACGUUGACGACACUGAAAAUACGUAUGAAGGCGACAGUAGCGGUGCGGUCAGCUUGUCCUCGGAGACCAAUUCCAAAUACGAGAACCUGGAGAACCCGGUCGUUGGUCUCGUAUGCAACAAUACUUUGGCGCUGCCGAGGGAUCCGAAAAUUUGUCAGUUGAACGAAUUGAAUUGAAGGAUUACGUCCAAAAACGCAUUGCCUCGACCAAUAGUGAAGGAUAUUGUAGUGUCAUUAGUUGGAACGGGUCACGAUUCUAAGUUCCUCGCAUGGAUAUUGUUGAAAUAGGGUGCCAAUAUUCAGGGUGCCAACUGUGAGAAUUUCCACCUACCGCUUACACUAACUCGAUCCGGUGAAAGUUUACCACGAUUUAUAUGGUAUCGAAAGGGCGCUAUCUAGCGAUAAUAUUGUUUCCCAGUAUUGUAACUAGAUGGCGCAUUUUCGAUACCAUAUAAAUCGCAGUUACUUUCAAGCGAUCGAAUAAGUAAAGUGUAAACGUAGGUAAAAAACACACUGGGCACUUUGUUGCAUAAUAAUAUAUUGAUUGACCGUUCAUAAUGCUAUCCUUUUCCUACUGUUUCUUGUAGAAAGAAAUGGCGCUACUUUAACAAUCAUGCUUUAGUUUUGUUUGGUAUUUGUGUUACCAAAUUUAGCACCACAGUGGUCAUAGCCACUAAUAAUGCAAGGCCAGUGAGACGAGAAAAAGAAUUUAAAAUCUUUUAAUUCAUGCAAAAGAAAAAGAUGGGGAUACCAAAUGUUACUUGCAUCAUUCAAACAAUAAACGACAGUUCGUUAACGUUUUGUAUCUUGUUCAGCUGGUUUUGCUUUAGUUGCAUUUUUGCGUAUGGUUAACCAAGGACAUGUAACAAAUGUUUUUAAAUAAUAACAUACUAAUCUAAAGACAGUUCGACUAAGAGUUGACUUUAUAUCGUGCUAUUACAGCCGACUUAGUGAAACCGAAUUGAAAACAUUAUACAGAUUUUUAUUUUAUAUUAUUCCAGAUAGAUUUGUGAAUAAUUAUAAUUUAACGUUACUAAAUUAAAUAUCAAAUUAAUUACACUUUUAAAUGAAAAAAAUAAAAAUAAAACUUCUGUAAAAUUAGUUUUUGUCGGUUACACUAACUCGGCGGUAAUGGCUUGAUAUAAUUAGAUUACAAGCCUUUAAAGUGUUUUACAGUUUAAAUAUUCAACAGUUCUAUUACAACUACUGACUAGUUAGUUAUACUAGAUAUAUCUAGUUUAUAACUAGAUAAGGACUAGAUAAGGAUAUUCAUUAGGUAUUUCCUAUUGGUCCGAGGUGAUGGUACUGCGUGAAAGUGUUUUGUGUUUGCGUCGAGAGUUGUGUGAUAUUUGUGUAAUAUAGCUGAUAGUCGAAUUUGAAAUUCAUCUAACGCAAGGCGUUAUAUUUUGAUUAACCGAUAUGACCAUGUUCUCGUUGUUUUUUUUUUUUUUUACAAAUCAUGUAGCUUUACAUUUUUUUUAUUACGAGAAAUCACGUAUGUAAAUUUUCAUAUUUACUUACCUCAUUCGUCUAUUCCUAGUAUGUACUACGAUACUAUAACAUGAAGAUUUUUUUUUCGUGUGAGUCGCUAGUUUUUUCUUCUUUGUAUCAUUUAAGAUACUUGUAUAAAAUAUUUAUAGUAAUAAUCCGAUUAACCGCAGAUUGAAUAUCAGGGCCUAACUCUCGUGACAUUUAGUAAAUAAAUGACCAAGAUACCAAAAAUUCUUAUAUAGUUAGGUAUUUUACUAAAUUAUUCUUUAAUCGAUUCCGAGAAAAUGCAAGCUUGAGUAUUGUGAUUAUAGAAAUUGCACUAGGAUGUAACAUUUAGUUAUUAGUAAAUAAGUUACUAAAAGUCCAUGUCUCGAGUGUACAGUAACAUGAGAUCAGAGUGCCUGGUGUGAGAUCUGCUACCUAUUCGAUCGCGUACAGUUUUCAUGUAUUGUAACUAGAUGGCUCUCUAUCGGUUCUAUACAAAUUGGACAAGCAAUCGAAUAAGUACCUCAACAUAGAUAGGAAAUCUCACACUAGGCAUUCUGAGCCCGAUGACGUCACUUAUGCGUACGCAAUACGGGUGUAUCGGGUUAGCGAAUGGUAGUAUUUUACGUCUCAUGUUCUAGUACAGGCUUAGUGUUUGUGUAUUGGUUUGUGGACAAUAAAAUUAUAAUUUCUAUCGCACAACUUCUAUAUAUUUUUUUUGUAAAUAACAAUUUAACAAAAUUAACGUAUUACAUUUGGUAAGUACUUAUUGUAAAGUCUUAGACGUUGUCCAGACAAGGUGAAUUGCGUUCGUGUGUAUUUAUGAACGUGUGGAACGUCCAAAUACGACAAUUUAAUAAUAAAGUUCUUUGUUUUUGAGAUGCUUAUACUAGAAUAAUAACAAGAUUAGCCCAAAUCGCGGGCUUUUUCUUCUCAAUUAUCUAGAAUCUAAAAUAUACACUCUAUUUUUCUAACUUGUCUUAUAAUGUAAACAAUUCACGCUUUUAAGUGUGAAGUGGGUUAUCAAAAUAUAAAAUAAUAAGAGAAUUUCUUUGUGUAAGUGUGUUUUUAUCAUUUUCUUAACAAGUUAAAAUAAACUUUAAGCUUUAGCUUUUAAAGAGUAGCGAUUGAUGACGAAAAUAUUGUUUACAUUAUAAGAUAGAUAAGAAAAAAUAGAUUUUAACUAUCCGACUCCGGUCAUUGAAAUCUGUGCGCGCAAAUCUUGCGUGCUUUUUUAACUCGCGCGAUAUUGUACUCGUAAAAAAUAUCCCGAUAGGAUAAGCGACAAAUUCGCCUUAUCUGGACAAGUCGCUGUCAUUCGCAGUCACUUUCGUAUGGUCUGCUAUUAGGAACUACCGCCUCGCGCCUACGUUUUAUUUCAGAAAGUUAGUUACGGUACCAGUUUAUCCAUUCCAGUCAUACUUGUCUACCAAUUUGUGUUUCGUUUUAAUUCCCCUUAGCAUUAAAACGCCCAUUCGGGCAGAGCACUGGACAAUCUAUAUGUAUGCGUGUAGGUUAACAAGAUGUCAAUUAGAUACUUUUUUGUAUUUACGCGUUUCGUGAGUUGUACAUGAAAUUCCCUUAAACCGUCUGGCAAUCACGCUUAUUUUUUUCUUUGAAUUUAUUUGUGAUUAGAUUUACUGUUUUUAAAUUCUAAAACUUGUCGCUAACUUUAGUUUAAAUCUGUAUCUAUUUUGUCUUUACAAGAUAUAUAUCUAAUAAAUAAAAAUCAUCGCAGUUAAAUAUAUAUAUAUCUAUAUAUACAGAUAGAAUAUUUAUG